AGUCAUUUUGUUAAAAUGUCAAAUAAAAACUUUGGUGUCUUAAUAAUUACCUUGCUGGUAUUUUGCGCAGUUCUUGGAGUCAAUUCACAUAACGAUAAUCCGGGACAGUUACCAACGAAUUGUGCUGAAGCAUUAAGAAAUUAUAAAAAUAGUGGCAUCUACCAAAUUUAUAUACCAAAAUCAGGACUUAAGCCAUUUUACGUAUACUGUCUGCGAGAUCCAAACAAUGGUCCCGGGUGGACAAUUAUUCAAAGGCGUCAGGAUGGUGCUAUAAACUUCUUUCGCAAAUGGAUUGAUUAUAAAUUAGGUUUCGGUAAUCUGGAGGGCGAAUACUUUAUUGGUUUAGAGAAAUUACAUGCUAUGACAAAUAAUGGAAUUCAGGAAUUAUGGUUUCAAUUAGAAGAUUUUGCGAAUGAAACUCGUACUGCAUAUUAUAGUAGUUUUGCUAUUGAUGAUGAGAGUACGAAAUACUCAUUAAGUAUGGUUGGUAAAUAUUCUGGCAAUGCAGGAGACUCUUUUACUGUUCACGCUGGUGCAAAGUUUUCAACAAGUGAUAGCGAUAAUGAUGACUGGGAGAGAAAUUGUGCAGAUCAAUAUAAAGGCGCCUGGUGGUAUAAAGCCUGCCAACAAAGCCAUUUGAAUGGACUGUAUUUACGAGGAGAGUAUGGAAAAGAUAAAACUGGACAAGGUGUUAAUUGGUUUGCUUGGCAUGGUUAUUUUUAUUCCCUCAAAUAUACUCACAUGGCAAUUCGUUCUGUUCGCAGUUGAUUUCUUCACUCAAAGAACAAUUAUUAAAAAUCAAUAAAAUGUCAUUCUAAACAU